AUGGGUCCUCAAUCAGAGGAAGGCCCCUAUGCCGAAGGAGAAAAAUAUGAUCUUUCACAUUCCGAUGAUGGGGGAAGACAUACAACUGGGAGGGACAUCACAAUGCAAGAUCAGCAUCUGCCGAAACCCAAUGGCCCGGAUAGGAGGAUGAACGCAUCUCCAGCAAAUAGUGCGAGUGGUAGAGAAGGACCUCUGAGAGAGGGGAAUCACAGGCCAAGUAAUGAGCGCACACGAUCACGAACGCGAACUGGGAGGACUGGAAGUGGAAGUAUAAGGUUGUGUAAGAAGUGCGGUGAACCUUUGACAGGUCAAUUCGACUGUGGUUCAAUAGUCGCAUCGAAGUUCUUUCCGGUUGACGAAGAAAAUGGCGAAGGGCAAUACCCACUCUGCGAGACUGAUUACUUCCGACGUUUAGAUCUGAUAUGUCACAAAUGUGAUGGAGCACUUCGAGGUUCAUACAUCACAGCACUCGAGCGCAAAUAUCAUAUCGACCAUUUCACUUGUUCGGUAUGUCCUACAGUGUUUGGCGCACAAGAUAGUUAUUACGAGCAUGAUGGACAAGUUUACUGUCAUUACCAUUAUUCGACACGGUUCGCGCAACGAUGCAAUGGAUGUCAGACGGCAAUCUUGAAGCAAUUCGUCGAGAUAUUUCGAAAUGGACAGAAUCAGCAUUGGCAUCCUGAAUGUUAUAUGAUCCAUAAGUUCUGGAAUGUCAGGUUGGCGUCUCCGCAGGAUGUCCAAGAAAUUCAACAGGAACUGGAAGAUACGACGGACGGGGAAGGCCGAAAUGCUGUGCGACUAGAAGAGGAAAGAAUGGAAGAAAAGGUCUACAAGAUUUGGAGUGUAUUAUCGACAUUCGAAGAGUCCUCUGCGGCUUGUAUAUCCGACAUGCUUCUACACGUGAGCAAUGGUGCAUAUAUGGAUGGUGUGAUGGUGGCAAAGAAGUUUAUCUGGCAUGUUGAUAUACUUUUCUGUUCUGCAGACAAGUUGGAUGGCAUAAUGAUGAGGGACGGUUCAAAGGGGCUUUCAUAUUCGCGCGAAGCAAAGUUAUUAUGCAAGAAAAUUGUAGCCUUUUUCUCUCUCCUGUCCAAGACUCAGGAGACAGGAGUUCGAAAACUUGGCGUUACACAAGAGCUUCUCGCAUUGGUGACUGGUUUGGCUCACUACCUGAAAUUAUUGAUUCGAAUUUGUCUUCAAGGCGCAUUAAAGGUCGAACGAGAUCAAAAGGAUCCAGAAGGCCUUCACCAAUUUCUUGACGACUUGGGUGAUAUGGAUGCAAUCAAAAAUGAUGAUAGAUCCUUGGAAGCUACCACAGGAACCCCUGGACUUUCGGCAUCGAAUUCGGAUUCGUGCAUCAAGUGUCAAAAGCCAAUCGAGGAUGAAUGUGCUCGGUUCAAAGAAAGAAGAUGUCAUUUGACAUGCCUUCAAUGCUCCAAUUGUGAUCGAGAUCUUGCUCAGAAUCUCGAAGACAUCAGGUUUAAUGAUGUAGAGCAACGGGUCCUUUGUAGUAAUUGCCAAGGUCAGGCUUUGAAUGUGGUAUCCGGAUUCGCGCGAGUGACUAGGUUACAACAGUAUGUAUUCCUUCUGAGGGUUGCUUUAGCUCGACUUCUCGAAAUAUUACGGACCAAUGGUGCUCUUCCACACACUUCGGAUGACCCUAACCUAAAUGGGUACAAUUCGAGUCAGGGCCACAAAGUACAUUCUGAUGACGACCCUCCUAUGCUGAAGACUGAAGCACGUUCAAAAUCAUUUGGAGGUCCAGUCGAUGAGAACCCUCGUGAAUCAUCCUACGAGAAUACCUUGAAUGACGUAAGGCGACUACGAAGUACUCGAAUGGACAAACAUUUGUCUUCUACCAUCAAGAAAGCGAGAACAUCGCGGAUAAUGGAUGGUGUUGACGGUCAGAGACCAGGAUCUUCGGGAGCUGAAGGAUCAGGUUCGAGAAACAACGAAUUCCAAGUAGGGGAUCAGGAUGGGAAUGGCGAAUCGAGGACCGAAUUAAUGUUUGGACACCAAGAUGCCCUAACCCUGGACGAUAUUCCUAGAAUAGUGGCUGCUGAACAAGCAAAGGAACAAAGACCGAAUGCAUACAAGCAUGCCCGUCAUGAACUCUUUCGAACAUCUAUUACUGAGCCGAAACUCGUUAAUGGUCAUCAAAGAACUUUCUCGGCUGGUAAUGACUUGGAUGCACAAACACAACGUCAACAACAGGAGAGAGUCUCGGGAAAGAAAUAUUUCUCGGAGUUAUCUGCUUUGGAAUACUUCAUUGUACGCCAUGUUGCAGUUAUCGCCAUGCAGCCCAUGCUGGACGGCCAUUUUACCAUGGAAGAACUUCUCAACCUGAUUGAGACCAGAAAACCUACUUUCUGGGGCAAGAUGGGCAAAGCUUUUAAGAAUGAUGGUAAAAAGACAAGCGUUAAGAAGAAGGGUAUAUUUGGUAUACCACUCGAUGUUAUCGUUGAGAAGGAUGGUGCUGAAUCGACAGACGGUGUUGGUCCUGGAGCUCUCAAGAUUCCUGCUCUCGUCGAUGAUGCAAUUGCUGCGAUGAGAAAGAUGGAUCUCUCGGUUGAGGGUGUCUUCAGAAAGAAUGGUAAUAUCAGAAAACUGAAUGAAUCAGUCAAGGAAAUUGAUAGCGGAGGAUGCGAUGCCGUGGAUCUUAGUCAACAAAAUGUCGUACAAGUCGCUGCUUUACUCAAGAAAUACCUUCGAGAUUUGCCAGAUCCUUUACUAACUUUCAAACUCCACAACUUAUUCAUCGCUUCGCAAAAGAUAGCCGAUGAAGAUAAGAGACGUCGAAUGUUACAUCUAACAUGUUGUUUACUUCCAAAGGUACACCGAGAUUGUUUGGAAAUUCUCUGCUCCUUCUUUAACUGGGUCGCAUCAUUUCAUCAAGUUGAUGAAGAAUCUGGAUCAAAGAUGGAUACUCACAAUCUUGCCACCGUCAUCGCACCGAAUAUCAUAUACACGAAUGCCAAAUCUCCUGUUGAUGAUAACUUCCUUGCAAUCGAGGUUGUUCACACACUUAUUGAGUGCAAUGAACAGAUGUGUGAAGUACCAGAAGAUCUCCAAUCAAUACUGAAUGAUCCCACACUCUUCAACAACACAUCCGAAAUAACCACGAAAGAAAUCCUUAAACGCUAUGGUGAUAUCAGCUCCAGCGGUGGCGUCCGUCACCAGGUCGAAACCACCGAAGCUUCAGGUCACAGAGAUGGUAGUGGUCGUCCUCUAGCACCAGUCGUCACUAGAGUCGAUGUCGAUCCUGCACAUCCCGCUUGGCAAAAAGAAAGUAGCGUAAGACAUGUACAGGAUCCAGUUCCUCAAUCAGGAUAUAAUCAAAACACACCACCGAGUCAACAAUGGCAAGGGGGUGAAGGUGCGGAGUUGCAACAUCCAGCGGCGGUGUAUAGGGAACAACAAAAUAGAACGCCGGAUAUGGGGCAUGGACAUGCGGAGAGAGGAGAUAGAGAUAGGAGGGAAUUUAGAAAUAGCGGAUGGGGACCUGGGAGACCACCGCAGAAUGGAGGGGUAGGUGUUACGGGUGCGGGAUAG